AAGUCAUUGAGUUCUUACUCAAUUUACAAAUGCCAUGCCAAAUUGGCCUUGGUUCUUUACAAAAGUGACUGCUCCUUUCAUCCUUUAAUCAAUAGAAUCGAGAAUGUUAGCAGCCUUGUCAUGUUGGAAUCUGGUCUGCGGCUUUGGCCCACGGAGCAUUCAAUGGUGGCUAAUCUUUGAGAUUCUCCUUGAAGACAUUGAAUUGAACCUGCUUCUCUGUGAGGCAACGAAGAAACCGUGUGGUGGCUCCUCCAAUGCUCAUAUAAAAGGUGACGAAAUGGAUGUGGCUGGAGCUUUAGAACAUGAUUUUGUGCAAGUCGAAGAGAUAAUGAUUCAAAACUGCCAUGCCAUGUCAUGGCGCACAUCCCAAACUCAGAAGGCCAAGUUUGAGCUAUAACCUUAAUACAACAAAUUUCAGUUUAACUAGUUGUACACAUGUAACUUUGAGGAAACAAACUUUUAAGUCCUUUUAGGAAGCUUUUGAAGCAGUGCAAAUGAAAUAAUCUUCAUAACUUUUGCAAAACAUUUACCAAUUUAUAAGAAAUCAAUUUUAAGAAU